AAGAAUUGAUAUUGAAACAGGUGCCUGCGGCUCAUCUUCAUGGAUAUGUUCAUGUCUGUAUCACCCGCUCUUCAUCCAUGUCUUACGGUCCCGCUGAUUUUCAUUUGUGCCUUCAUUGCGGGCGAGUGUGAUCGACAGCUAAAUUGAAGAACAUUUUAGGUCGCCUUGCAGUAAGAUAUAAUUCCACAAGUUUGAGACGACCAGCAACGUACUAAAGUAAUUAGGACCUCCGCCAUUUGUAGCUAGAACUACAAGACCUACGUCCCAGCAGAUUUCGUACCCCAAAGAUGGCCGGUACUUCCUGCUCGACACUGGAAAUGAGACCCGAGGUACUGGAAGGAGAUGAAGGAGCAGGAACAGGAGCUUCAGCGCUGAUCGGUGAGGAGGUGGACACCGGGACUGGAAUCCACGUGUUGGCCGACAAAAGUACUAUUUCCGCCCCAACAUCCUCGGCGUCGCCAUCUUCUUCUCGAGCGUCAGCGAUGGCAGCUUUGCAUGGGAGGACCGCAUCAUCGAUAGCCGCUUCCGGGGGGGAUGCUAGCGCUCCACCCGCCGCGCCGCCGCGGACGGACUCCGUAUUUGCAAACGAACAGGGUACUUACUUCACGAGUUGAUACUGUAGUUUCCUUGAAGAGACGAGAUGCUGUAGAUAGUGCGGCAGUAAACAUCAAACUCCAUUUAAACCUUAAAUCGAGCACGACAAUAUGUUGUCGUGCUGUUAACCUUAACGUUUUCAGAUUAGGUUGUUUUAGUUUUUUCACGUAGUCGGGCUCGGGUAAAAGCAUGAAAAGAAAUUUUACUUUCAAAAUGUUUUCAUCCUAAUCCGGAAAAACAGAGGAGCGGUUGGCCUCCCUAUGGCCGUUGGAAUUGUUCGAAAAAUACAGACCCCGUUAUUUUGACGAUCCCGUGGAAUUCAUCGACCACUUGCUCACCGGAGACUUCCUGCACGGUGUCUGCGUUUUGCGUAUUGCUAUAUUUAAAGUUUUUCUGCGCUAUUUACACAUGAACUACGAACGAAGGACUUUUUGGUUUUGCUCAUCAUUAGAUGCCCGACGUGGAAGAGUUUUUGAUAUUGCUUCCAUUAUAUCAUGCAGUCUAGUUGUGUACUUCUACUUGGUUUAUCCUAUUUGCAUCUUUACCCAACUCCUCGGUCGUGCUCAACACAGGCGACGGUUGUCGGAAGCUGCAGCUGGAGAUUAAGGACUGUUUCGAGCCCGAGCUCGCGGAGUGCCUGCUGCAGGCGGGAAAUGUGCGCGAAUUCCUGCUCGAGAUUCGGAAGCGCGGGUUGGAGGAAAAGUACAAGGCCCGCGUGCAGUACCUGGUGGAGAAGGACGUCAAAGUAGAACCAGUCACCGUCUGUGAGGAUGAUGGUGGUGCUGACGCAGGAGGAGUUCCUCCUGCAAGAGGGGGCGAAGGAACCACGGAGGGAACUACAACAGAUGCGAGUACUAAAAACGUUUUCGCGGAGAAGAACUUGUUGUACUCGUGUGCCGCGACCACGGCCACAGCGGGAUCGUUUAUCGCUCCGUCCCCGACCUCCACCACUGAGGGGGAAGCGAGCCCGGCGGAGACAGAACCUACGACGUGUCAGAGUUACCAGCACGACCGGGAGGACCCGCCAGAGCAGUGCAAGAGCCUGCAGCUUCCGAAAAGCAGAAGCACAGAUGGACUGCAGGCAGAUAAAACUACUACUGCUCCUGCUACCUCUACUUCUAAUUGUGCCUCAUCAACAUCUUCAUGCAAGCUUCUGUACCAGAAGGAGGUCUGCAAGGCCAAGGACCUGAGUUCGCAGAUUACCGCACUGGAAAGUUUGCUGCAGCGAGAACGAGAAAGUAGUAAAACUACUAGUACGGAUCAUGAUGCUGGCACUGCUAGUACGUCUACUACGUCGCCACCGACGUCCGCAAAACCUGCGGGGAAGAUUGAGAACACGUUGUACAUGACCGAGUUGCGGUACAACCACGAGAUCUACCACCCGCUGCAGCGGAAGGAGAAGGUGCGCACGAGUCUGAAGCGGGACAUGCGCGACGUGUGCGCGGAGUACGGCGACUACACGCUGUAUUGGGACCGGUACGACGAGGGUGUGUUUCUCGGCGGCGACCGCAGUGGCAAGGCGCUGCACAUCGACCAGAUUCUGUGGCAGAACAUCGGCAAAAACUGGACCGGCUACAAGCUGCUGGCCGCGUGGCCGGUGCAGACCACCAGUGAGCUGCUGACAAAGGUGUCCGACUGCCUGUUUCUACCCCGGGUCCCCGUAGUUGAACAAGUUGAAAGAACAUCAAGCUGUGGCGAACAAGAGGAUCCACGGGUGAUGGACGAAGGAGCAGAAGAGGAUGCAGGUACUAAAAAACUGAAGGACAAGCGGACCAACACUACAGAACAAACGGAAAAACAAGUAAAAGUCAACAACAUCAAGAUGAAACUGCCGGACCUGGAACUGUCCUUGCUGCAGAAGGCCGCGGCGGUCUGUCUGAUCAAGCCGGGCGAUGUGUUUUACUUCACCGGCGGCGUUCCGCACGUCACGCUGUCGGUCACGGAGCCCCCCGCCCCGGUGGUGGAACAAGGGCAAACACGGUGCUGGCCUGAUGAUGAACAAAGACAUCUUCAAAUAGAGCAGGGCGAAGCUGCAGGGGCGAACAAAAACAAGAAGGACCACCAAGGUCUACUUCAUAGCCGUUGUCCACCGACUUCUUUGUCACCGACACCGACGAUCACCCACCAACUGAACAUCUGCGCGUACGAAUCCAUUAUAUCAAGUGUAAAAAUGUCUGGGUCUGGAAGAAUGCGCGAUUUGUCAUGCUGCUUUUCCAUGACUCAUGAGGUCUGGAAUGCCGGAGCUAGCAUGACAGAUUCUGCGAGAACUUUCUAAUGCCUAUCCUGCAUGAGAAACUACCUCCCGACUUGGUCAAAAUUGGGCGACUUUUGGUAAGCAUGCAACACAGAUUUUUGCAUGCUGCAGAUUUAGCAUGACAAGUUGCAAUCUUCCAGACCCAGACAUUUUUAUAUUUGAUACAUUAUCACACUGAACAAGACGCACGUGGCGCAUUUCCUGUCCAUGAGCAACAAGUGGAAGGGAUUCGACACGGUCGGCAUGGAAAAGUACGAGGACAUGGCGAUGCCCGAGAACGAACUGGAGGACGUGAAGGACGACAUGGUGGAGCGGCUGACCGACAUCGCGGACCGGUGGAUCGAUUCGGUCGACUACCUCGAGGACUGCCACAUCUACCUCCGCGAUAAGAGACCACAAUUUUUGGACGACAAUAAAACGACGUCCUCCUCGAGGCACUACGAUGUUGUGGCCGACAUGGAACGUGGUUUGUAUAAAGAUGCAGGUAGUUGUAAAAAUAUCAGCAGCUCCUGUGGUGGUGAAGGCGACGAAGAUGAAAUUAUCAACGACCUCACUAACAGCAUGACAAAGAGGACAGGCACGAAGAUCGACCCGUUCGAAAAGUUUGUGAUCGAGGGCGCCUAUUUCUGGGCUGAGGAGUUUCCGAACUACAUGAACGUAGUCACUUAUGCAAAGAAAAAAGUGUUGUAGUUACACACUGCAGAAUCUUCUAUGCCAAAUCGGUCGCAUGAAUGCUUAUUCUAUGCAGACUGUUUAUUUUGCACUGGUGUAGUACUAGUAAGUAACUAACACUUUUACUUUUUCCCUUGGAUAGUGUCGCGUCGGUUUUGGAAAAGGAGGAGCAGGACUUUUUGGAACGGAAAGCACGGGCAGCUGGCGCAGCGCACAUGAAACAUCAAGGACCACUCAGUGCUAGUGCGCCAACAACUACCGCGAAGACAACAUCAACAACUGGAGGAGGCGUGCAGAAUUCCAAGAUCAUCAGAACGGCUUUGUUGCGAAAAAAUUUGUCGGACCUGACCUUUUUUCCGUCGCUGGGCGCGGACGUGGACGAGAUUUGGAAGCGGUUGCGGAAAUCCGAUCUGUUGCGCAGGCUGCAGUAUGCCUUCAUCGAGACGGUGAAUCUCUGCCUGCGCGACGAGUACUUUCGCAACAAAUUCCCGAAGCGCAUCUACGAGGUGGUCUCGAAAAUGGAAGCCUUCUUGGAGAGAAGCAAGGGACGCCGGGCUGCACUGUUUGACACUAGUACAGCGACAGAGUCCUUCAUCCUUGCGGACGGAGAUGAACCAGCUGAUUGUGAAGACCGUCUGUGUCGUCAUCUGAAUGAUGGACUAGUACAGGACAAAGCAGACUGUCAAGUGGAAGAUGGCCAGACGGCUGCUGGUUCUUCUUUCACUAGCAGUUCUUGUGUUGCGGUGGACGAGGACACUGAAGGAAAAGCGUUGAAGCGUCGGAAGGUGCUUUCCAAUGCCGCUGCCUUUUCAACGUCAACAAGGAGCACCGACGUCGAGGACGUGAACAAGAGGGCGUCGAUGAGUUGUACAACCAACACAGUGUCCUCUUCGAGUUGUUCUAACUUUGCGAUUUCCAUUCCCUACGACUUUACGAGCGACCUCUAUCAUGCUUCCCGAAGAAAAAAGAUCAAGACGCGAACAAAUUCUGCGUCCUCGUCGAGUGGCGGCGUCCGACCUGCGGCGGCAGCGGAGAAGAAGCAUUGACGAGGAGACCACAGCUGAAAAAAUCAGAGCACCGCAAAAAUGCCAGCUCUUUGCCGCCCGUCAAGAAGCAGAUGAAAGUUGGUUUAUCUUUAUUUCACACGACGUAGGCUACGUUUUGCUUUUAGAAGGACAGGAAAUGUUAAUUCUUGCACCUACAGGACGAGGAGCGCAAUAUGACUCGUGAGUAGCUCCUGCGAAAGAGAUUUUUUCAAAAAGCGACAAUGACAUCAACGACUGUGAUUGAAGUAAGUGAGUACAAUAGUAAAAGUGUAGCGACUUCGUGUGUAGUCACGACCACCCGUUCCUCCGUGUGGAAAUAAUGAAAAUAAAAUCUUUUGAUGAUUUUAUUUGAAAACAGAUUUUAUUUGAGCAACAACUUUAAGCGACUUCCUAGGAACAAAUCAUACACGGCCGCCCGAUAGUUUCGUCCGGAGGAAAAGCCGCAACAAGAUUCCAU